AUGGGUCCCUGGCCAAUUGAAAUACCGCAGGGGAGUCCAUUUACGCGGGACAACAUACCCUUUGGGGUAUUUAGUACGCUGCAACAGCCCCGUAGGCGCGUUGGAGUCGCCAUCGGUGAAGUCAUCCUUGACCUCUCUAUUCUUGAGCGAUCAGGUCGCCUUGACGGCUGCCUGCCCAAUGGUCAGAGUAGCCAUGAUUCUGGUUCUAUAUUCGGACAGGACAGCCUCAACAAAUUUGCCAGCUUUCCCGCGCUGGCUCGUCGGCAUUUACGCGAGACCAUUAUCGAAUGGCUUGGAUAUCCAGACUCGCCGCUGUUCCAGGAUACUUCCAGUGAUGGGCAGGUCGUUGUCCCCAUGAAGGACGCGCAAAUGCACCUACCCUUCAGAAUAGGCGGGUUCACCGACUUUAUGUGCGCUGAUGUUCACGUCGAGAACUGCAGCAGGCUUGCUGGGGCAACGAAGCCUCCAGGUCAUUAUGCGAUGCCACUGGGCUAUAAUAGUCGAGCAUCGUCUGUCAUUAUUGGUGGCGAGCCUAUUCACCGCCCGCGAGCAAUCAUCCCUACUGGGGAAGCGAACACGUACACAUUCGCCCCUAGUCGCCGGAUGGAUUAUGAAGCAGAAAUUGGCGUUUUCAUCUCUGAGGCUGUUCCUCGAGGCCAGACUAUUACAGCUGACCAAGCGGAGGAUCACAUUUUUGGCUUUGUGAUACUCAACGACUGGUCGGCAAGAGAUGUGCAAUUUGCCGAGAUGACGCCCCUUGGGCCGUUCAACGGCAAGGCUUUUGCCACCAGUAUAUCGCCUUGGGUGGUUACUCUGGAUGCCCUGCGAAACGCCCGGUGUACAUCCUCGGCAGUUGAUCUGACUACAGGAGGCUCUACUCAAGCUUUGCACCUACGCCAUGAAGACUCCAAAUCCACCUGGAAUAUGCAAAUAGAGGUUUCUGUGUACCGAUCGAGAUCUGGAGGCAAACCAAUACUGACAUCAACGUCAAAUCUGCGUGAUCUUCGCUGGUCACCUGGCCAAAUGCUCGCGCAUCUCGCAUCAUCUGGCUGCGGAUUGUGCACGGGUGACCUCAUUGGGACAGGAACAAUAUCAUCCCCCGGCGACGCCAACGACCUUCGUACCCUGGGCUGUCUGUUUGAGUUGACUGAAGGCGGAAAAAUUGCCAUACAAGGGAGUGAGGGAGAACAGCUAACCUGGUUGGAGGAUGGAGACGAAGUAUCAAUGACGGUGAAGGCGGGUGACGAUGGAAUUGGACUAGGAACCCUGCGAAGUCGACUUGUAGGCCCUCGGUCGGCCUGA